AUGCCCAAGAGGAAGGUUAGCGGGGACGGAGCGGCGCGGAGCCCAAGUGGCGCUCGGAGGGUGAGGCUGUCGGCCAAGCCCGCCCCUGCCAAGGUGGACACGAAGCCGAAGAAGGGCGCAGGAAAGGAUAAACCAUCAGACAAAAAAGUGAAAACAAAAGGGAAGAGGGGAGCAAAGGGCAAACAGGCAGAGGUGGCUGACCAGCAAACCACAGAUGUGCCUGCAGAAAAUGGAGAGGCUGAGAACCAGAGUCCAGCCUCUGAAGUCGAAGAGAAAGAAGCCAAGUCCGACUAACCAUCCAUCGUGUCUGUCAGUGUCCCUUCUUGUACAAUCCAGAGGAGUAUUUUUACCAACUAUUUUGUAAAUGCGAGUUUUUUAGUAGCUCUAGAAACAUUUUUAAAAGGUGGGAGGAAGUCCCGCCUCAUCCCAUUUUUUAAGUGUAAAUGAUUUUUUAAGAGGUUAAAUCACUUGCU